GACAGCCCAAACUCUUGGUCAGAGAAUGAGAGAACACCAAACACAGAUUAAUCAGUCAGACAACUGGACCUGCCAGUCCGAUAUCAUACAUUUUAAUUUCUGUUGGUAUCCAGGGGUUUUAUAGCAAUAAAAAUGGCCACGUCUGCCAGUGCUCAGUUGAGUAAAGUGGUAAAACGGCAGUAUAUGGAACUGCCUCAGGGAGACAAAGUACAAGCAAUGUAUAUCUGGAUAGACGGAACAGGAGAAGGUGUGCGAUGCAAGACCAGGACACUGGACUCUGAGCCUAAAAGCAUUGAAGAUCUUCCUGAGUGGAACUUUGAUGGUUCCAGCACAUAUCAGUCUGAAGGCUCCAACAGCGACAUGUAUCUCAUCCCCUCUGCAAUGUUCAGGGAUCCUUUCCGCAAAGACCCCAACAAAUUGGUCUUGUGUGAGGUGCUCAAGUACAACCAGAAACCUGCUGAAACCAACCAUCGUCACAAAUGUAAAAAGAUCAUGGAAAUGGUAGAUCAUCAGAGCCCUUGGUUUGGCAUGGAACAGGAGUACACCAUCCUGGGUACCGAUGGGCAUCCCUUUGGUUGGCCCUCCAAUGGGUUCCCUGGACCCCAAGGACCUUAUUACUGUGGAGUUGGAGCAGAUAAAGCUUAUGGCAGAGACAUUGUGGAGGCGCAUUACAGAGCCUGCCUUUAUGCUGGUGUGAUGAUCUGUGGAACCAAUGCUGAAGUUAUGCCAGCUCAGUGGGAGUUCCAGAUUGGCCCCUGUGAAGGCAUCAACAUGGGAGAUCACUUGUGGGUAGCUCGUUUCAUCUUGCACAGAGUUUGUGAAGAUUUCGGUGUGGUAGCCUCAUUUGAUCCUAAGCCAAUCCCAGGCAACUGGAAUGGUGCUGGUUGCCACACUAACUUUAGCACCAAGGAAAUGCGGGAAGAUGGUGGGCUGAAAUGCAUUGAGGAGUGUAUUGAUAAGCUUGGAAAAAGGCACAACUACCACAUCCGUGCCUAUGAUCCAAAGGGAGGCCUGGACAAUGCUCGCAGACUGACUGGCCACCAUGAAACCUCCAACAUCCAUGAGUUCUCUGCAGGUGUGGCGAAUCGUGGCGCUAGCAUCCGCAUCCCACGAACCGUGGGACAAGAAAAGAAGGGUUACUUUGAGGAUCGCCGCCCAUCUGCCAACUGCGACCCCUAUGCGGUCACGGAGGCCCUGAUUCGCACAUGUUUGCUAGAUGAAGAGGGUGAUGAACCUGUGGACUACUAAAUCUCUUCUCCUGGACUGAACUUCCCUCCCCUUAUUGCCAUACUUUCCUAUUUUCUUUUUUUUUUUCUUUUUUUAAAUGGCCAUAAAGCCAAAUUAGUACUGUAUCUUGUUUUCUAUCAGGGUGGUUCUAACCUGGCAUUUUAAUAUCGUUGAAGUUGACUGGUCAACUUAACAUUUUAAGAUUAAAUCUGAAGCUAACCUGAU